AUGGGCAACUGUGUGAAGUCUCCACUGAGAAACCUCUCGAAAAAGAUUCGUCAUGAGGAGAAGACCUGCUAUAAGGCUGUUCAGACGAGUGAAGAGGGGCCGUCAGCCUGCGAGUACCAAGGUCCACUCAUGAUGCUGGCCCAGAACUGCGCCGUCAUGCACAACCUGCUGGGGCCAGCAUGCAUCUUCCUGAGGAAGGGCUUCGCAGAAAACAGGCAGCCUGACAGAGAACUGCGACCAGAAGAAAUUGAAGAGUUAAGAGAAGCCUUCAAGGAGUUUGAUAAAGACAAGGAUGGGUUUAUCAACUGCAGGGACCUGGGGAACUGCAUGCGGACCAUGGGCUACAUGCCUACCGAGAUGGAGCUCAUAGAGCUAUCCCAGCAGAUCAACAUGAAUUUGGGCGGCCAUGUGGAUUUUGAAGAUUUUGUGGAGCUGAUGGGACCAAAGCUUUUGGCAGAAACUGCAGAUAUGAUUGGUGUAAAGGAGCUACGUGAUGCCUUCAGAGAGUUUGACACCAAUGGUGAUGGAGAGAUCAGCACCAGUGAGCUGAGGGAGGCCAUGAAGAAGCUGCUGGGGCAGCAGGUGGGCCAUCGGGAUAUUGAAGAGAUCAUCCGAGAUGUGGACCUGAACGGAGAUGGGCACGUGGAUUUUGAAGAGUUUGUUAGGAUGAUGUCCCGUUGA